AUGUCGUCCAAGGCGCUCCCCACACCGGCCUCGUCCACUACGAGGAGUGCGCAUCAGGACGAGCCAUCGCCCAGCCUCAACGCAGAACCGCAGCAGAAACAAUCGUCGACUCGCGAAAGAUCAAAGAGAGUCCUCGCCUGCCAUCUAUGCCAGAAGCGGAAAAUCAAGUGUGACAGACGCUUCCCGUGUGCCAACUGCACGAAGAAGGGCGUUCAGUGUGUCCCCGUCGCCCAACCCCGCCAACGCAGACGUCGGUUUCCCGAGCACAAGCUGCUGGAGCGCCUUCGCGAGGUCGAGGAUCUCCUCCUCAAGAACAACGUCAAAUAUGAGCCUCUACACGGCCACGGCCACGGCAACGGCCCCGGCCACACUGAUCGCGCGGAUGACGACUCUGGUGAAUCGGGAGAUGAGUCCGGACAUGAGCAGAGCAACAAGAUAGACCACGGGGCAUCGUCGACACCCGGCACACUAUACCACCAGGAACUGGUCUUCCAAGCACCCGAGGGCAGCGAACCCCAUGUUAUAGGAAAGAAAGCAUGGGACCAGGCCUUUGCUGACGACGGCCACCUCCUCUUAUCCAGCCCCGUCAACUCGUCCGUGCAACUCUGGGAACUCCACCCCGAACCCGUCAACAUGUUCCGGCUCUGGCAGAUCUACCUCGACAAUGUCAAUCCCAUCAUGAGGCUAGCCCAUCCGCCCACUCUCCAGGGCCGUAUAAUUGAGGCGGCCGGAAAUGUCAAGGCUAUCGAGAGUCCGCUGCACUGUCUCUUGUUUGGCAUAUACGCCAUGGCUGUCAUGAGCAUGACGGCCAGCGAGUGCCAGGCUACCUUUGGCCUGCCUAGGGAUGAGCUCUUGGAGAGGUACCAGUUUGCAUGUCAGCAGGCAUUGAGGGCGGGUUCCUUCUUGCGGACAGACGACCGGGAUUGCCUGACUGGCUUGUUUCUCUACCUGAUAUCUGUCAGAGAAAAGUCGCACCCCCAGGCUCUAUGGUCGAUGCUGAGCGUGGCACUGCGUAUCGCUCAGAGGAUGGGAAUGCACAGCGAGGCGACCAACUCGCGACACAACGUUCUCGAGGCCGAGCUGCGACGACGGCUGUGGUGGGCCAUGGCGUUUAUCGACUCGCGCAUGACGGAAUUCACAGAAUACAAGGCCACGGUUCUCAACCCGUCGUGGGACUGCAAGGUGCCGCUCAGCGUCAACGAUUCGGAGCUGCACGCAUCCAUGACGGAGCCACCCGCGGUGCGCGACCACGCGUCCGACGCCAUGUUUGUCUCGAGCUACAGCCAUAUAGCCGACUACGUCCGUCACAGCAACUUCUACCUUGACUUCACCAACCCGAUGCUCAAGCCUCUGGCCAAGCCGCGGGGUGACAUGGACUCGCUGGAGCGCAUGAUUGAGACCAAGUACCUGCAGGCGUGCGACCCCAACAACGCCUUCCACUUCAUGACCAUGUGGACCAUGAGGACCUUCUUCUCCAAGUACCGCCUGGUAGAGCACUACUCACGCUACUCGGACCCAUCCAUGGAUCAGACCGAGGCGGACCGGGAGGCGGCGAUGCGUCACGCGUUCAACGUCCUUCGGAAUGACACUAGGCUCAUGGAGUCGCCCCUGACGAGCCGCUACAGGUGGUUCCUGUGGACGCACUUCCCCAUGGUGUCAUUCGUCCACGUUCUGCUCGGGCUCAGGCGAAAUCCCCUCUGCCCCCUAGCAGAUGAGGCCUGGACCGUCCUGGCAAACGGGUACAGGGCGCGCUUUGCCACCAUCGUCACCAUGAAACCCGUCGUCUUCCUCUUCUUCCGCAAGCUGGUCUCCCAGGUGUGGGGCGUGCUCAAGACGGCCCUGGAGGAUGCCGGCCAGACAGCCGUCACCGAGCCAGACAUUGUGCGGCAGAUCAAACAGCACGCCUCUGUGGUGAAGCCAGAGGAGCUGGCAUCGCCGGGAUGCACAGGAGCGGGGGCCGAGCAGGACAAAGAGCUGCACGGGGAUGAACCGGGCAUGAAUGACUUUCUCACAUCGCUGUCGACCGACUUCAACAAUGAGGUCUUCAUUUUUGGGCAGAACGACUAUGGGAACACUGGGGGACUCGCUGGAGGUGCCACGCAGCAGCAGUUUACGAAUUGGGGGUUGAUGGAGUGGGGACUUGGACAACCACGGACGAAUUGGUGA